AUGGUUUUAUCUGCCCCAGUUAUAGCCCUGGGGGCUACCUUAGGGACUGCAACUAGCAUCCUUGCCCUCUGCGGUCUCACCUGCUUCUGCAAAUGCAAGCAACCUGGGAAAGGACUCUCAGAAAAGGACCAAGAGGAGGACACAGAAAAUACUAAGCCCAGUGUGCUUCAGCCAGUCCAGCAAUUCAACGUUAAGAAAACUGCAGAGCCAGUCCAGCCUCGAGCACUCCUGAAGUUUCCCAACAUUUAUGGCCCCAAACCAGUAGUAACUUCACCUGAAAUUGUUAACUACACACAGUACUCCCUGAAGACAACAGAAGAACCAGCUACUGGAAAACAUACUGGUUUGGAUGAGAACAGGAUGAAGAUACAAGUCAACGAGGAGCUGUUUGUUCUCCCUCAAAACGGUGUAGUAAAGGACGUGUGUGUCACAGAGCACUUGAACCCCGAGAGGGCAGCCAGCUGUAACCAGGCCCCUGAGCUGCGCUACUCCCUUGCGUAUGAUCAACAAAAAGCCGAGCUGCGUGUGGCCCUUCUGGAAGCUAUGCAUGGCAGAAUGAGUGGGGACCAAGAUGCUGGCUGCCAUUGCUACAUACUGGGCACACUGGUGAGCAGGUCCGGUACUGCUGAGGCCCAGACAGAGCUGAAGAAGAAGGUGCUUCACACCCUCUGGGAGGAGGUCCUGCGAUUCCCAUUAGUGGAGGAGGAGAUGCCAGAGGGGACGCUGACUCUCACCCUGAGAAACUGCGACAAGUUCUCCAGACACAGCAUUGUGGGGCAACUCAAACUGAACCUUGCUAACGUGGAGGAGUCCUUUGGGAUGGCCCAGUGGGAAAGGCUAAAGACCCCAGAGAAGGAGCCGUCUACAGGCCAUGGGGAGGUUCUGCUCUCUAUCAGCUACUUGCCAGCAGCUAACCGCCUGCUGGUGGUGAUUAUUAAGGCUAAAAAUCUCCAUUCCAAGCAGCUGAAAGAUCUACUUGGCAAUGAUGUUUCUGUCAAGGUGACACUGAGGCAUCAGUCCUUGAAGAUGAAGAAGAAGCAGACCAAACAUGCAAAACACAAGAUCAACCCUGUGUGGAAUGAGAUGAUCAUGUUUGAGGUGCCUCAUGAGCUCCUGCGUGCCUCCAGCGUGGAGCUGGAAAUGCUGAGCCAGGAUGGUGCUGGGCAGAGCCACGUGCUCGGCAAGUGCAGCCUGGGCUUGCACGUCACGGGCACAGAGAGGAACCACUGGGAAGAAAUGCUGAGGAACCCCAGGAGACAGAUAGCCAUGUGGCACCAGCUCCACAUGUAGGCUCAUCAAGAUUACUGCCAACCAGAUUUCCACCAGGCCUCUGAGCCUGGGGGAAUAAGCUGCGUUUCUCCUUCCACCUUCCCCUCCACAAAGUUGCUCAGCACAGCAUUCUUCUUACAUCACCUUCUCU